AUGAGCAGUACUAAUGGAACGUACGAUGUCGUACUAAAUGGGGGCAGGCGGUACAAGUCAGCCGACGUAAUCCCCUAUUGGCGGGACCAUGGCUUUAAUGCUAUCAUGGAAAAUUGCUCUCUACGAUUGUGUAUUGCCGGCCUGAGGGGAAAUGCAGAAUUGUACAGAGCGGCGCUUGAGAAUCAAGGCAGAAUCGAGUUUCAAUGUCGCGACAGACAGUUGAGAAGUAAGGGUAAGUUUGUACUGUUUGAUGCUUCUCGUGGUAGUGACACGUUGCCUGAGUGGACAAAGAAUGGUCAGUGCGACAUGGUAGGUAUCCGUUAUGUUUGGCUUAUAGAGAUAAAUGAGAUGUGGUCCACGUCGCCCUAUCGAAUUCAAUGUGGCGGUAACGUCGCAUAUUACGAGGCCACAAUGCACGUGGAGUACAUAUUCCAGUACAACAUUACAGGGUGUCCCGAAGGCAGGUACGGUCUGUACUGUGACAAGGACUGCGUUUGUAAGAACGGAGCUCGUUGCCAUGGCUUCAACGGUGCCUGUGAGUGUCAUCCGGGCUGGAGAGGGAGGGCCUGUGAUAUUCCCUGGCCUGAGGUUGUUAUCGUCGCUACACCAGGCGAUUCAGUCGUGAAGUACAUCGGUACCAAUCUGACUUUGACUUGCCUGACCCCACAUAUCCGAGUUGCAAACAUGACGUGGGUUUAUCAAGCGAAAAACGAUUAUAACGUUAAUGGCACAAAAAUCAUUCUACAGACAAUCUCAGAAUCAGCCAAUGGUGAAUAUAUUUGCGUGGUAAAGGCUGUAGACGGUGAAGAAAUCAAUGCCACUUUCGUUCUCAACGCUACCAAAUGCCCACCCAACUAUUAUGGAAAAGUUUGUAGCCAGGUCUGUGACUGCCAGUAUGGAGGAACGUGUGACAGGUGGGAGGGCUGUCUGUGUCCUCCAGGUCGUCGUGGAGACAAGUGUGAGUACAACUGCGCACCUGGCAGUUUCGGUUUGAACUGCAGCAUGAGCUGUCGCUGUCAGAACAACGCCUCGUGUGAUCCAGCCAAUGGCACCUGCAUUUGUGCAGAAGGACAGUGGGGUGAAUUAUGUCAGAACUUUUACAUUUGUCCUCCAGGUCUUCAUGGAGACAGGUGUGACCACACCUGCGCUCCUGGCAGUUUCGGUUUGAACUGCAGCAUGAGCUGUCGCUGUCAGAACAACGCCAUAUGUAAUUCAGCCAAUGGCACCUGCACUUGUGCAGAAGGACAGUGGGGUAAAUUUUGUGAGAACGUUCCCAAAUCUGAACAUAACCAAGUUGUCGUUCAAGUGCUGAUCCCCGUUAUCAGUGUCAUGGUUAUAGUCGGUUGCAUCGUGAUUGUGACCCUGGUAAGACGGCGUGGGGUACAUACAAAGAACACAGAGGAUGACAUAGAAAUGGAAACCUUUUCAUCGUGGGAAAUUGACAAAGAGGACAUUCGUUUCGAACACAUGAUCGGUGAGGGAGAGUUCGGCCAUGUCGUGCGGGGAAGACUGCGCGUCCCGGCAGGCUACGAGGUUUUGGUCGCCGCCAAAUGUAUCCGGCCUGACCGCAUAACAGAGUCAGCUGUCCGCGACUUUCGUCGUGAAAUGGACAUCCUUGCAAGGAUCCACGAGGACAAAGAGGGACACCCGAACGUGGUCAAAUUUUAUGGAGCUCUGACUAAAUCGGACCCGCAGUACAUUGUCGUGGAGUACGCGGCCAAUGAAGAACUGCGGCGGUACCUGUGGAGCAUGAGAGAAGAGUGCCGGGUGACGGGGCAUAGAAGACUGUUAGAACGACUCGUUUUUGCUGCAGGUGUGGCCAAUGGGUUAUCAGAGCUGGCACGUUUGAAGAUCGUACACAGGGACAUCGCAGCUCGUAACGUCGUCAUCAGCGAUAGGAAAGUGGCCAAGAUCGCGGAUUUCGGGCUCGCCCGUGACGUUUACGUGUCGUCGGCGUACAAACGCACCAACCAGGGCGGGGAGGAGGAGCUGUUGCCGCUGAAGUGGAUGGCCGUGGAGUCGUUACGGGACGGGGUGUACACGUGCGAGAGUGACGUGUGGUCGUGCGGUGUGCUGCUGUGGGAGAUCGCCAGCUUUGGGGAGGAGCCGCGCUAUGCUGGCGGUCCGAUGCACCCGGACGUGUGCACACUGUUGGAGCUGCUGAAGAAAGGAGUCCGUCUGCAGCAGCCGGAGAACUGUCCGCUGUCGGUGUACCGCAUCAUCAGGUCCUGCUGGAUUGUGGACCCAAGAAAGCGGCCGACGCCUGAAGAACUGUUGCAAAAGAUAGACCAGUUGAUGCCGCGGAGGGAUGCCGCUCACCUCGUUAAUCAUAACAUUUCAUACAAAUGAAGUCUCUACAGACAGCCAAAUUCUCAUAGUCUUUUUUUCUUCCUACCAGUUAGUUCUUAUAGUCCGGCCCACUGCAAAGCAG